GCGGCCGCCGCUGUGGCCGCCAACACAUGCACUCAACUGCACGCCAACGACACCAUUGAGUCCAUUGAUAUACAUAACCGACAGUUGAUUAUCGACUCUAUACUCAAUUGCAUCCAAUAUUUUGACCAACAAUUCAAAUAUAAUUAUAAAUUUGUGGUCUAUAAAACGGACGAUAAGAUAACUAGGAUUGAGAAAUGGCUGCAACACUACUACUCCAAAGAGCUUUUAAAUGACAUCGACUUUGAGAUUGUCUCCAAACAAGUGCUUCCAGACGUCGAACUGAAGCCACCGUUAGUUUUGUGUAAUCAUAAUAAUAACGAUAACAUUGAUAUCAAUGUAAACAUUGCCGAAAGUACUGUUCAUAUGGAUAAUAAUGACACUAAUAAUGGAGAUAAUAGUGAUCAGCAAAUGCUGUCCGAAACAGAUGUACAGCAAUCGUCACAACAGCCAGAGUUGUCUCCAUUAGAUACCAAGGUAUUACUCGCGACACUACCGGAGAGUCAACCGCCCGACCAAAUCCAUAGCGAUCUACUGCUUGACGUCCCGUCCCUCUCAUCCCCUCUGCCCACUGAAGAUGCAAUCGAAACGAACCCAAUCGCCGAUCAAAGCAAUGAGAUUAAUGUGCAAAUAGACGAUGAAUUGGUGUCCAAAUUAGUGUAUAAUUUAGAGCUAAUACUGUUAUUAGUGGUGAUUGUGUUGUACAAAGUCCGCAAUCUGUUCCCAAAACUGUUGGAUUAUUUGGAGUUCGCGUGGAUCUAUCUCUCGGCCUUUGAGACACGUCUUGAGCCGCACGUGAGGAUCGAGAAUAUGAUAGAACUGUUGCAAAACGAGUUCACGAGUCAACGCAACGCCAAUCGCAUGCGAACCGAAGUACUGAGC